AUGGAUCCUCUAAAUUCGACCAUGAUUCAUUCAUAUUCGGGUUGUAAUAACGGGGAUGGCCAAACUAAUGAAGUGAUACAUUAUUCACGGGUGUCCUCGGUUAUAUAUCGGCCGAACGUAUACGCCGCGUUGUCAUUUCGUUUGACAAGAGAAAUGAUAUCGGUCCUCUUUCUUCUCUCGAGCGUCAACUAUGGGAGCAGUUACAAUAACUUUUCUGCAUUGGUAACCGCGAACGCCACGAUGGCGGUAGUGAUCGACAGGAGCUACUUCGGCAGCAAAGAGGAGCACCGUAAAGCCGUCGAUGUGAUACUCGAUCUGAUAACGGACAACGUGAACAGAGAGAUGCACGUAGGUGGUAUCGCCGUUCGUGUUUUCCGGGACGCGAACGUCAAUCUACGGCAAGAUUACACGAUACUUCUGUCGGUCGCGACUUGCCACCUAACAUGGAGAUUGCACGAGGCUGCGCGAAAGGAGGAUCUAAUACAUCUUGCGCUAACAGAUCCGGACUGUCCCAGAAUUUCGGACACCGACGGCAUGAGCGUCCCCUUGAUCGUUCCCGGCGACGAACUCUCCCAGAUAUUCCUUGAUCUGAGGAUGAUGAACAUCCUCACCUGGAACGUGAUCAACAUUCUCCACGACGACACGUUCGGUGAUAAGACUAGCUACACUUCUAGUCGCGAUUACCUGGUGUGCACGGUCUCUGUUCCAGGCAGGGACACGAUCAGCCGAGUGAUGGAGGCAAUAUCGAACAAGCUGCCCAGCAAACGGCUGAAUCUCAUCUCGAGAUCGAUCUUCACUCUGCAACACGACGAAACCGAGAGGGGCCGUAAGAGUUCGGUUAGAAAGGUGCUGCACGAUUUUCACGUGGACCAACUGGGACACUGUUUCUUGGUGAUCGCCACCGUCGAUAUAGUCGCAGACGUUAUGGAAGUGGCGAGGUCCCUGAACAUGGUUCAUCCUGGCAGUCAAUGGUUGUACGUUAUCACCGACAGCGCGGCGCAGAACGCGACCAACAUAACGACCUUUGUUGAUUUACUGGCUGAAGGGGGAAACGUGGCCUUCAUAUACAACGCGUCAGAUUACGAUGGCUACUGCGAACCCAAAUUAACGCGUUACGUUAAGGAACUGGUCGGAGCUCUGGCCAGAGCUUUGGAAUAUUCGGUGAGAAACGAGAUCGAGUUAGUGAAGAGGAUAGGCGAUGAGAAUUUCGAGAUCGUACGGCUAACGAAACACGAGAGACGUCACGAGAUGCUGAAGAACAUCAAAAUGUAUCUCGUCCAGAACACAGACUCCACGGAUGUCGCGUGUGGAAAAUGCCUGGUAUGGAAGUUUUCCUCGUCCAUCACGUGGGGGAACUUUUUCUCUAAUGAGAACGAUGUCGCACAUCUGCUGGACAUAGGGAUGUGGACGCCAGAAUUCGGAAUCAACGUAACGGACGUUCUCUUUCCUCACAUCGCUCAUGGAUUUAGGGGCUCCAUCUUACCGAUCGCGACUUAUCACAAUCCACCGUGGCAGAUAAUCUCGGUGGGUAAAACAGGCGAAAAAACGUACGAAGGUUUGGUCUUCGACGUGGUCAACUACCUAAGCAAGAAGUUGAACUUCACGUAUAAAGUGUUCGCACCGGAAGUGUACAAGACUCCGAAGUCAUGGAACGCUUCUCGGUUCGCCAAACUCGGAGAAAAAGUCAAGGAGAUGACGAUGUCGAACACAAGGAACGUUCCGCGGGAGGUGAUCGACUUGGUGCGCGAGAAGAAGGUCCUGCUGGCCGCGUGCGCGUACACCGUGAACGAAUAUGGGAAGAUCGCAAUAAAUUUUACGGUACCGAUUUUCGUGCAAACGUAUAGCUUUUUAACUUCCAGGCCGAGACAGCUGUCGAGAGCUCUACUGUUCGCCUCGCCGUUUACCAAAGAGACGUGGGCCUGUCUGGCCGCAUCCAUUAUCAUAAUGGGUCCGAUCUUGUACCUGGUUCACAAGUACAGCCCGUACAGCACGAAGACCUCUGGACUGAACUCGCCCUGGCAGUGUGUGUGGUACGUGUACGGGGCGCUUCUUCAGCAAGGAGGGAUGUAUUUACCACACUCUGACAGCGCGCGUGUUUUGAUCGGCAUCUGGUGGUUGAUCGUGAUGGUUUUGGUGGCCACGUAUUCCGGAAGUUUGGUCGCUUUCCUCACGUUUCCAAGAAUGGACACCGCCAUUUUGACGGUGGAGGAUCUGAUCGCGAACAAGGAUCGAAUCACGUGGGGCUUUCUGAACGGAAGUUUCCUCGAGGUGUACCUUCGUAACGCGGACGAGCAAAAGUAUCAUACUUUGCUGGCUCGCGCGGAGAUGUACAACGACACGGAAAACGAGGAAUUGAUGCAACGCGUGAAGGAUGGAAAUCACGCUUUAAUCGACUGGAGGAGUUCCCUUAGAUUCGUGAUGAGGAAAGAUCUGCUGCUCACCGGAGGCUGUCACUUUUCUCUGAGCGCGGACGAGUUCAUGGACGAGCCUAUCGCGAUGAUCGUUCCGCAAGGAAGCCCCUAUUUGUCCAUCAUCGACGCGGAAUUGCAUCGAAUGCACGAGUCUGGGCUGAUGCACAAAUGGAUCACCGAGAGGAUGCCGAUGAAAGACAAAUGCUGGGAAAUACCAGGCAGCAACCAGGCGGUGAACAAACGGAAAGUGAACGUGGCCGACAUGCAAGGAAUAUUCUUCGUCCUAUUUAUAGGUGUGACGUUGUCCUUCCUCCUUCUUUUCUGCGAGUUCUACUGGCACAGGCGCAAGAUCACCAAGGAACGAAAACUUAUUCGUCCGUUCGUCUCAUAA